UCCAAAUGGGGGCAAGGAUAGAGGCGGGGCAACGGCGGGCUUGCCCCGACCGCAGGUGAAUAAAUUGUGCAACUAUUUCAUUGUCCGGAACUGUAGUUACGAGGAGAUGUGCAAGUUCUUGCACUCUUGGUUUGUUAGUGAUAGCUUCUCUUUGCUCACCCCUCUACAAGGCCACCAAAAGGUUAUUACAGGAAUUGCAUUACCCUCGGGCUCAGAUAAGUUAUAUUCGGGGAGCAAGGACGAGACUGUUCGGGUUUGGGAUUGUCAGAGUGGCCAAUGUGUUGGGGUUGUUAGUAUGGGAAGUGAAGUUGGUUGCAUGAUCAGUGAGGGGCCUUGGAUUUUUAUCGGAGUUACUAAUACAAUCAGGGCUUUGAAUACUCAAACGUCUCUUUUAUAUAUUGGGUCUUUUUUGAAUUUUGUAUCAAAGCUUGGCACUUUGCAGCCAUGGAACUUUUGAUGUAAAACUGGGUCGUUUUUUCUUGCAUUUAAGGUGUUUGAGUUUUUGUCUCUGUUAUUUGUUGUGUCCUCAAAUUGUCAACAAGAGCUCCAAAUAGUUCAGCCACCAGUCUGGGAGGAUAAAUUAAGCUAAUUUAUACGUUUUAUCUUUAUCAAAAAAUAUUUAUACAGGUGUCUCCAA